AUGUCAAAUGUCAAUCAAUGGCAAGCAGAACUUUUAGCAGGAGUAGAGGUAAUACCAAAUACUGGAGCAGUACCGGCAACAUUAACAAUCCGAAACCCACAAGCUUAUUCCAUAAUACCAGGACCAAACAGUGAAAUAUGGGUAGCAGCCGUCGAGAUUGGAAGAGGGCGGGUACUAGUAGUUGGUCAUGAAGGUUACCUUACUGAUUUCACCAAGGUAAAUAGCAAAGAAGUUCUUGCACAACUACACUUGAACAUAAAAUUAUGGCUUACACGAGGUCAAUUUAAUAACAACCGAGAAAUUGGAAUUCUGGGCAAUCCACAUGUGUCUAGGAACUCACUCCCACGAUUCAAGAUCUUAAUUUGGAAUGGAGCAGAUGAUACACAAGUCUCAUCAGACGAUCUUCUUCAGUACGUUCACGGUGGAGGCAGUGUUGUUCAUUGUGCGUGUGCUUGGGGCUGGCUGCAACUACGUCCCGAUAAGUCUCUGAAUGAUAUGCCAUUUAAACAUUUUUUGGAUAAUAUCGGCAUUUCUUACAAUAAUGCAGCAGUAUUUCUUCCUGAAGAAGGUCUUCCAAUUGCCCAUCUUGUGCCUUCAAAUAUUCAAUAUAAGAAGUUGAAUCAAGCAUCACAACCAGCAUUGAGUUGUCAAAUUAAUGAUCGGAGCGCAGAUCAAUGGCGACAAGAAAUAUUGCGAGGAGUGUCCAAAAUUCCACAUACUGGCGCUGUUCCUGGAAGUCUUGUAGUAUUUGGAGAUUCUUGUCGGGCCAUUCUCUCUGGUACGAACCCCAUUGACGUCUGGAUAGCUGCAGCUGAAUUGGGCGAGGGGAGAGUUAUGGUUGUUGCUCAUGAAGGGUAUUUAGCACAAUUUAAUGGUCAACAUUCAGAUGGAAACCUACAAACUCUUCAUCGUAACAUGAGAAACUGGUUAACUCGUGCAAAUAAUCCAGAAGUAAUUUAUGCAGACUCUCGUAAAAGACCGUUAAAUCCAAAAAAUGGAACGAUUCUUGUUUGGUCAGGACAAAACAAUGUAUCGUUUACAAAUGAUGAAGUUCUUAAUUUCGUUAUUUCUGGGGGCGCUUUUGUACACACGAUGUGUCCAUGGGGCUGGCUAAUGGGCCAUAAAGGAAAAUCGUUUGAUGAUCAACCAUUCGAUCCGGUUUUAGAUGCUGUUGGCAUAGGGUAUACCAAACGAUACGUUGAGAUACCAGCAGAUGGAUUAGAUGUUCAAUCGUGCUGUUCUUCUGAGCAAUGCCAUCUUGGACGAGCCGUUGACGCUAGUAUAGGUGACGCCCGUGCCUUGUCACAAGUUGGAGAAUCGCUUCAACUUCUUUCGGAACUGACAGAUAAGAAGUUGCACAUGUUUUCAGGAAAAUUGAGUAAAUUGUCUGGAGUUUUGGAAUCGACUGACAUCGAUUAUGUUCCUUCUGAGCAUUGUCCUGUGAAAUCGUCUGAAGGAAAGGCUUUGAUUGGUCUCUGUGAGACGCUGAAUAAGAUGGGAAAAGUCAAUCAAAUUUUACCUGGUAUUGCUAAUUUUCCUGGUGAUUUUGAAAGUACACCAUCAAAGACUUCUGUUACUUUGACUUUAUCAUCCUACCAAGAGGAUGUCCACCCAACGGGUUAUUAUGUUCAGGCUGGUGAUUCUUUAGCAGUUUCCGUCUUGUCUCAGAAUGGUAAAGGUUGGACAGUUCAGAUUGGAGCUCACUCAGAUUGCUUGUCUGGACAAUCAGAACUGAAACGAUGGCCGAAUGUUGUAUGUUGUAAGCCAUUAAACGAGCAGUGUACUAUUGUAAAGGCGACGUUUGGUGGAUUGGUGUAUUUUACAAGUCCAAGUAAUCAACAGUCAAUCACUGUACAACUAGAUAAUGUGAUACAGGCGCCAUUAUUUGACUUAACUUUACCAACGACAAUAGAGCAAUGGAAUGGAAGACGACAAGCACCAGGUCUGUGGGCCGAUAUCUGCAGCGAGUUCCUUAUAAUAACACUGCCAUCUAAAAGUAUAAGGAACUUAGACGGACCAGUUUCAGUCAUGAAGAAAUGGGAUGAAGUUCUUAAAGCACAUUUUCAUCUGAAAGGAAUUGAUAUUCGAAACCACAGAAAGCAAUGGCUGGUUACAGAUGUCCAGCCAUCAGCUGGUUACAUGCAUAGUGGAUACCCAGUUGUUACUCAUCUAGAUGUUGCAAAUCCUUCUCAUGAAUUUUUUCUUCUUAAUUCACAUAAUUUAAACACAAAAGGUUCAUGGGGAGUAUUUCACGAGUUUGGGCAUAACAUGCAGGAAGGUGUUUGGACAUUUCCAGGAACGACAGAAGUCACUGUUAAUAUUUUCACUCUCCAUGCUAUGGAUACAUUGAUAGGUAAAAGACCAAUUGUACACGAAUGGUUACAAAACCAAAUGAGCAAUGCCAAGAGAUACCUAUAUCACAACGACCAAAACUACUCUCAUUGGAAGUCAGACCCUGGUAUUGCUCUUUUUAUUUAUGCGCAGAUAGCACAUCAUUUAGGCUGGGGUGUAUUUAAAGAGGUCUUCAGGAGAUACGGAAGAAUGAAUCCUUCGUCUUAUCCAAACAAAGAGAAUGACCAAAUUGAUCUGUGGUAUACUUUACUCUCCGAAGUUUCGCAACUUAACCUUGCUUCUUUAGUAGAUUUCUGGAAAAUACCACUGUCUGACAAAGCCCGAAGAGAAAUGAGUAAAUUUCAGCCUUUCCUACCAGAUGAUGACGUGAUGCGGAUGGCUCCAGAGCGAACACAUAUGAUCCUGGCGAAAUACCAUAGUAAUUGCCUCAGACAACCAGCGUACAUUGUAAAAGAUGACUUCAACACAGAAUUAGGCCCAGUUCCACCCAUGCCUCGAUUACGUUGCCUUUAA